AGGAGCCCACCAGCCAGUGCUGUGCUGCACACAAGGGGUUAAUGGGAACAUGUCAGUGCUAAGUGGAGUCGCCUCCCUAUUAUUGUAGCUGUCACUGGAUCAUUGGGAGCACUCAGAUCAGCCGCAUCCUCAGUGCUUGUGUGGACCCCAAGCCCAUGGUGCCAGCUUCAGCCUCCAUGUCCUGCCACCCUCUGAGCCCAUAAGUAGGGAACAGAACAAGAGCAAGCUUCUAAACUGGAGGAGGCAGCAGCAACCCACACUACACGAGGGGGAGAAGACAGCAUGGAGGGGAUCAGUGCCCAGAGAGAGCCCGGCUCCUCGCCCAGCUCCAAGCCCCCCGGCCAGGACAGCCAGCCCUUCCCGCCCCUGAAGCCCAACCAGGUGGGGGAGACGUCCCUGUACGGGGUGCCCAUCGUGUCCCUGGUGAUAGACGGCCAGGAGCGCCUGUGCCUGGCGCAGAUCUCCAACACCCUGCUGAAGAGUUACAGCUACAACGAGAUCCACAACCGGCGGGUGGCGCUGGGCAUCACCUGCGUGCAGUGCACCCCGGUACAGCUGGAGAUCCUGCGCCGGGCCGGGGCCAUGCCCAUCUCGUCCCGCCGCUGCGGUAUGAUCACCAAGCGGGAGGCCGAGCGCCUGUGCAAGUCAUUUCUGGGGGAGCACCGCCCGCCCAAGCUGCCCGAGAACUUCGCCUUCGAUGUAGCGCACGAGUGCGCCUGGGGCUGCCGGGGAAGCUUCAUCCCCGCCCGGUACAACAGCUCCCGGGCCAAGUGCAUCAAGUGCGGCUACUGCGGCCUCUACUUCUCCCCCAACAAGUUCAUCUUCCACUCGCACCGCACCCCGGAGUCUAAGUACACACAACCGGACGCCGCCAACUUCAACAGCUGGAGGCGGCACCUGCGGCUCAGCGACCCGACCGCCUCCGACGAGCUGGCGCACUCCUGGGAGGACGUCAAGGCCAUGUUCAAUGGCGGCACCCGCAAGAGAGCCUUCCCCUCCCCGGCCUCGUCCAGCAGCUCAUCGGGACAUCAGCGCCUGGAGCUCCCCCCUCCGCCGCCCCCGCCCCCGGCCAAGAGCCUGCGGGGUGACGAAGAGCAGACGGCCCGCAGCUUCCCCCUCAUCCCGGUCCCCAGCAAGGGCUUCUCCGGGGUGCUGCACAAGAUGACGCCGCCGCUCUUCCCGCCGCCCCCCUAUGGCUUCCCUGCCUUCGGACUGUGCACCAAGAAGGAUGACGGCGGCCUGGGGGAGAAGGGCGCACUGCCCGGUGUCUUCUGGCCCGCCACCCCCGCCUCUAAAGACUCUGUGUACCCGCCCUUCCCGGUCUUCUGGCCCGCGGCAGGUGCGCUCCCUGUCCCUUCCUACCCAGGUUUAGCUCAGCAGCAGGCAGCGGGCAAGACCGCGGGGGAGGCGGAGGAGCCGGAGAGCAGCGGAGACACCCAGGAGGAGCCGAGCCGGGACGAAGAGCGCUCCGGGGAUGAAGGCAGGCCGGGGGAACCGCUCACCCCCAGGAAGCUCCGGUACAUCUCCGCCUUCAGGCCGGUAGUAAAAGCCGCCGAGAGUCUGGCAAAGUUAUACGGGAGCCGAGAGGUGUACGGGCCCAGCCGGCCACCGGGUUACAGCUCCCCGGACCUACUGAGCGACACCUCCAGUUACCGUUCCGUCUCCCCGGGGCCAGACACCGCAGACGAGCCCGAAGUAGACGUGGAGUCCAGCCGCUUCCCCGAGGAGGAGCGAGGACCGAGCGCGGUACCGGGGCCCUGCUCCAGCGCCUCCUCCCCAGCAUCAGCCCGGGACACCGAGGACAGGAGGGAGCACAGCCCGGGGGACAGCCCGCGGAGCACGGCAGGCUACGAGGUUUACACUAAGCAGAUGGCAGAUGUUCCCCAGACCCUGAAGACAAAUGCUCCACCACACCAAGGCCUCCCAACAUCCUAUCUCUGCAGCCUAGACCCAAAUGAGCAAGAUUCAGAAGACAGUCAUUCAACUGCUGAGGAUCUGGAAAGCAGGAAGUCAUUCCAAGACCAAAGGAGUCAUAUAUCUCACACGAGCCCUGUACACACUGACAGAGGGGAAGACAGUCCAAUCGAUGUCACCGGGACCCAGUUUGUAGAAAAAGACAUUGAGAACAUGGCGAAAGAUGAGCUGCAGAAACUAUUAGUGGAACAGAUGGAUUUGAGGAAAAAGCUGGAAAGGGAAUUUCAAAGCCUGAAAGACAAUUUCCAGGACCAGAUGAAGAGAGAGUUGGCAUACAGAGAAGAGAUGGUCCAGCAGCUGCAGAUUGUCAGAGACACCUUGUGUAAUGAACUGGAUCAAGAGAGGAAAGCACGCUAUGCCAUCCAGCAGAAAUUAAAAGAUGCCGACACCAAGACCUUGCACAGAGAACUGUUCCUUCAGACUUCUAAUCCCACACCACUUAGCUAUAUCUGGGCACCAAGGAAACUAAUGUACCCUCCAGCUCCAUGAGAGAAGCACAGGGGAUAGCCUCUGAGAAAUCAAUCCAUUCCCUGUUUCCAUUGGAAAGAAAGCACAAGUAUGAGCCACCAUAUGGGAGAUUUCUCCCCCGGGACAAUAGGUGAACUUGUAUAUAUUGUAAAAUGAGCAACAGGAUGUCUGUGCACUGAGGAAUCUGAGCCAGGAAUGAUCCAUAGAUCGACGGUGUAUUAUACGGCUUUUGUGAAUAUCCAACACCUAUAUAUAAUAUAAAUAUAUAUAAAUAUAAAUAUAUAUAUAUAUGAACAAUUCUUGCAAAAAAAAAAAAAAAAAAGGUCCAAUGUAUUAAUUGUUUUACAAUUUAUUUCUUAUUCUGGAUGUUUCCACUUCACCUCAGCAGAACCAGUGUGGGGUGUCCUCCCGGCACCAGAAGUGUUACACUAGAGGUUAUCGGUGGUAGAGUGGCCACGUGCAAUGGAUAUCUAUGUACUGUGAUUCUUAUUAAAGCAGUAUUUUUUUAAGUUAUUUGAAUUAUUUUCUAUAUUUGUUUGAUUUCACCAUCUUUUGUAUUUUGGAUGAUGUAAUAACAGCACUUUAAGGAGAAAUCCGCCAACUUGUGUACAAAACAGAAAACCCAGUUUGUUCUAAAGGAAAAAAAAAUCUGUAUAAGUAAAUUUUGUUCUUAAAUAAAUCAAACUUGCUGCAUAUUAUGCAU